AUAUGAUAAAAAAAUAAUAAUAAUUUUCAGAUUGUAAGAAGAAAACGAUUCAAGAAGCUCCCUCUACAAGCAAACUAUUACCCAAUGCCGACUAUGGCAUAUAUCGAAGAUGAAUACUCACGACUCACUGUAACAACAAGUACUCCACUUGGUUGUAGUUCUCUGGCGCCUGGCCAGCUAGAGAUUAUGUUGGAUCGCAGACUUAAUCAAGAUGAUAAUCGAGGUUUAGGUCAAGGUGUGUUGGAUAAUCAUCCUACAAGACAUAUUUUCAGGAUAGUAUUGGAAAAAAGAGUACAAAACUGUCGGGCAACAGCUGAAAAUCACCCAGCUGGUUUUCCAACAUUAUCCUCACAUGUAGUAUCUCAAACUUUAUUAAAUCCCAUAAUAAGAAUGUUGAAAGUUGAUGAUGGAGAAGAAUUUUCAAAUGGUGCUUAUACAUUUGUUAAACAAGAGAUUGGAGUUGAUAUAUCUAUGCCAAUACUAAAAAAUAAUGUUUUUGUGAAAGGAACCCCACAUGUUGGCUUAGUUGUCCAUCGACAAUUUCUGGAUAUCUGCUUUUCUGAUCAAGCUUUUUUCCAACAAUUUCGUUUGAGUGAAGGAGUGGUGAAUGUUAGCAACUUGAUUCCUGGUGAUAUGAAUAAAAAGUUGUACAAAACGUCAUUGUCUUUCUUGACAGUAGGCACUCAAGUUGAUUUAAAUGGAAAUCAAGAGAUUUGCCCAAUGAAAAUGCAGGCAUUUAUACUAGGAAGUUGAAUUCUCCAAAUUUUAUUUCAUCACCACCAACCACAUUUUACAGUUUGACAAAUAAUUUUUUAUGCAUUUUAAACAAUUUUAUAUUUACGUGAAAAUAAAAUUACUCAAUAAAAAGUGAACAUGAAUAUUACAUCUGUA